UACCCCAGCGGUUCUCCCCCCGCAUUUCCUUACCCCGCACAGAAAGGAGUUACCCCAACUUUCCCCCGCGACAAAACCGUUCGUUUGUUUACCUACCCCACCCUCUUACACGGGCGAAGAUCACAACCAAAACACACGAACAAAAAGACAACAAGUCAAAAUGGCGCCCCUAAUCACAAACAUCUACACGGCCGACCCCUCCGCCCACGUCUUCAACGGACGCGUGUACAUCUACCCCUCCCACGACCGCGAGACCGACAUCCAGUUCAACGACAAUGGCGACCAAUACGACAUGGCCGACUACCACGUCUUCUCCACUCCGUCCCUCGACCCCCAGGGUCCCGUGACCGACCACGGCAUCGUCCUCAAGACCGAAGACAUCCCCUGGGUCUCCAAGCAGCUCUGGGCUCCCGACGCCGCUUUUAAAGACGGCAAAUACUACCUUUACUUCCCCGCGCGGGACAAGCAGGGCAUCUUCCGCAUCGGUGUGGCGGUGGGUGACAAGCCCGAGGGCCCGUUCACCGCGCAGCCGGAGCCGAUCAAGGGGUCUUUUUCGAUCGACCCGGCUACGUUUGUGGAUGAUGAUGAUGGUGAAGCGUACCUGUACUUUGGUGGACUGUGGGGUGGCCAAUUGCAGUGCUACCAGAGAGGAAACAACGUGUUUGACGCAGAGUGGCAAGGGCCCAAGGAACCCACGGGCAAGGGCGUCAAGUCCUUGGGAGCUCGCGUGGGCAAGCUGACGCAGGACAUGCUAGAGUUUGCGUCAGACGAAGGAGGUGGAGUGCGCGAGGUGACCAUCCUGGCGCCCGAGACGGGCGAGCCGCUGGAUGCGGACGACCACGAGCGCCGCUUCUUCGAGGCCGCGUGGAUGCACAAGAGGCGGGGGAAGUACUACUUUUCUUACUCGACGGGCGACACGCAUUUCCUGUGCUACGCCGUGGGAGAUUCGCCGUAUGGGCCGUUUACCUACGGUGGAAGGAUCCUGGAGCCGGUGCUGGGGUGGACGACGCAUCAUUCUAUUGUGGAGUUCCCGGAGAAGAGUGAUAGGUGGUGGUUGUUCCAUCAUGAUUGUGAACUGAGCAAGGGGGUGGAUCAUUUGAGGAGUGUGAAGGUUAAGGAGAUCUUCUUUGAUGGGGAGGGGAGGAUUCAUGGGGAGAAACCGGAGGGGAAGUACUAAAAUGGUGAUUGGGAGGGUGAAAGUCAUCAGGCUUGGAUAAGUACAUAUUCUUUUGUAUCGUAAAUUGCAUUCGGACAUAGCCAGGUUACAUGAGGCUCGUCAACUCACGACCGUAUGCUCGAAGGGUUUCGGGUUUACAUGGUGAUUUCGGCCAUUAGAUGGUCAUGUCCUGGUGAAAAAGGCGCAAUUGAUUGUUUCUCAGCGAAAGUUACUGAGAGUGUA